AUGGGCCUGUUUGCCACCUUAACUUCCUCAGCGGUCGAGGCUGGCAAAGCUAGAUCUAGCAACCAAGUGCCAUGUAUCGUCCAGCUCUAUUCCAAGUCUCCCAUUCUGGUUGGAUCUUCCGCCAAGAGCCGUAAAUUCAGUAUCUUGUCAUACGAAGCGGCCCACGUUGGUGCCUUGGCCGAAGCUGGAGGUGGUGCUCUGCUGUCAUCGAAACAAGAACAUGUCGAACCCAACUUGGGGGUCUGGAAUUUUCGCGUCACCAAAUCACAAAGUGGACAAAAGGGUAUCACCGAUGAUGUCUUUGGGUCGCUGCCCUCGGUCGAGUCUCCUUGCUUUUGCAUGAGCGUCGACAUGACCGAUUUGGCGCAGGUGGAACCCACCAUUUCCAUGCUACAAGAUGCGCUGGUGCGGUAUCUGAUUUCGCGUGGCAACAAAACCAGUGAAAAACCUGCGGCGGCUACCACCACGCUAUUCGAUCUUCGCUCCGUCUUUUUUGGUCUCGCCGACAAUGACAAGGAUUCCGCCAAGAGCGUCCAUGCCAAUCCCGAUGCAGCCGAUAAAAAUGUCUAUGUGUCGCUCGUUAUUUCCGUAUUGAUUCCCUCACGAACCGAAGCCGCGGCGGCAUACAAGGAAAAACAGGCCGAAGCCUUGGUCAUGUACCAUUUGCGAAAAUACGCGGCGAGUUUGAAUGCGGUCCUUUGCUUUGUGCGUACCGAGGAGCCUGUCGAAGAAGGAAAGGCAAUUGAUGCUCUCUCGAUUCAUCAACUCUCGCAUGUAUGGCACCAAUUGGCCAAGG